AUGCGUAUUCUGGGAUCCGUAGCACUGCCGGUGCUGUUUGACGGCGAUGCGCGAGUAGGAGACGUAGAGGUACGCGUGGUAGACGGGUUGCCAAACGGGUUCAUUGUGGGAGCAGACUUCUUUUGCCGGAAUGCUAGCGUGCUCGAUUUCAGCUCCAGCAGAGGCUUCAGCCCUGUACCAGCAGCACCCGGGGUGCCUUUUCUGUCGAUUGCACCAUACGCCUCCCAGGCUGCAAGCCCCCUCCGCAACGCUCGGGACCAGUUCAGUCUACUGACGGCUACUCCCGAGAACGCCCCCGCAGUGCCCGCCGUUCCCACAGAUGUGCCCAGCUACGAGGACGUGGUGUGGGAGGACGACACCUCCUUCGAGUGGGACGUGCGACAAGUUCCGGAGACCACCGGCGUCGAGGGGGCUCUCGAAGCUGCUAACCCUUGCGACAGUGAUACCCCUCUGAUGCGUAUUCUGGGAUCCGUAGCACUGCCGGUGCUGUUUGACGGCGAUGCGCGAGUAGGAGACGUAGAGGUACGCGUGGUAGACGGGUUGCCAAACGGGUUCAUUGUGGGAGCAGACUUCCUUAGCCGGAAUGCUAGCGUGCUCGAUUUCAGCUCCAGCAGAGGCUUCAGGCCUGUACCAGCAGCACCCGGGGUGCCUUUUCUGUCGAUUGCACCAUACGCCUCCCAGGCUGCAAGCCCCCUCCGCAACGCUCGGGACCAGUUCAGUCUACUCACGGNGCCUGCUUCGUGCAAGUUGGUAAACCGUAGUAAGGAGAAGGUGGCAGUCAAGGGUAGCCGGGUGAUAGCUCGCAUGGCGGCACUCAGUGUUCGCGACAAGCCGGCUUUCGAUUCGCUGUUUGACACCGCCCCUUCUGCUGCCGACCCACCCCUGGCUCCCCGUGAACCGCGCGCCCCGAGCCCGUCCCCUCCUGAUGGGGAAUCGAUCCCGCGUGUUCGCGUAGAGGACGACAACUUNGACAGGCAGCUAGUGAUGGUCUUGCCGACCAAGCGGUUCGAUUUAGAGCGGGGAGCUGUAGUGGGAGUAGCUCGCGCGUUAAUGUGGUGGGUUCCUGGGUCGCCUGCUUCGUGCAAGUUGGUAAACCGUAGUAAGGAGAAGGUGGCAGUCAAGGGUAGCCGGGUGAUAGCUCGCAUGGCGGCACUCAGUGUUCGCGACAAGCCGGCUUUCGAUUCGCUGUUUGACACCGCCCCUUCUGCUGCCGACCCACCCCUGGCUCCCCGUGAACCGCGCGCCCCGAGCCCGUCCCCUCCUGAUGGGGAAUCGAUCCCGCGUGUUCGCGUAGAGGACGACAACUUGGGGACGCUGGGGUCGCUCGAGAAGCAGCAACUCGUCAACGUCCUCGCAUCCUGGCUUGACGACAUUCUUAUCGCUAGCGACACAUGGGAAGAAUAUCUCGCCAAUCUGACGCUCGUUCUGAACCGCCUUCUGGCUGCGGGGCUGUCCGUAAACUUCGCGAAGUGCAUUUUCGGCGCAGCACCGCAGGAGUUCCUCGGCAUGAUCAUCGACAGCACGGGCCUGUACCCUGCUCCGUCUAAGCUAGAUGCAAUCGCACGCAUGCCUCGCCCACACACCGUAGAAGAGCUGCGCACGUUGUUGGGUCUUACCGGCUACUUGCGUCAGUUUGUACCCAACUACAGUUUGACUGCCGCUCCGCUCACCAACAUCCUGCGCAAGAAAGCCUUCGCUUCGAAACGUGCACGCAAGCUUCCUAUCCCGUGGUCCGCAGCUGGGGAAGACGCCUUUCAGUCUUUACGAGAUACGUUGGCUUCCCCGAGGGUCCUCGCUUUCCCUGACCUUGAGCGUCCGUUCGAACUGCACACGGAUGCUAGCACGCUGGGUGUAGGAGCUUCGCUUAUGCAGACAAUCGAUGGUGUCACCAGAGCGGUGGCGUUCGCGAGCCACCGGUUUUCACAAACCGAUGCUAGACGCGGGCCCACGGAACGAGAAUGCAUGGGGGUCCUCUGGGCGGUAGACCACUUCCGGCCGUGGGCGCUGCGGCUGAUGGAGUACGACCUGGAGCUGGAAUGGAAGGCAAGGGUAGAGCACGUAGUGCCCGAUGCUUUGUCCCGGUUUCCCGUGGCGAACCCGGUAGAGGUCGACGUCGACGAUUCGUUUCCGGAUGAUCUGUCGUUUGCUGCAGGCGCUGCGUUGGAGAUCUUAGGACCAGAGUUGAAGGGUGUAAGGCUGGCUGAGUUGGACCCUGUGCAGGUAGACCAAGUAGGCAAUGCUGACCCCCACACCUCUCACCACACCCCGGAGGUGGCCGACUUCCACCUGUCCAGCCUUCGAGCGCUGCCUUUCGCUGCGUGUGCUGCUGUUGACCGUGAGCCUGAUGCCCCCCGCCGCAGCGGCCGGACCCGUACCCCUUCGGUACGAUUACGACAGAUCGGCUACGCGCAGCUGCCCCCGACAAGCGUACUGGAGGCCCUCCCGGACAGAGAGGUCAUCGGUCCCUCCGCGGUGGAACUCUCCGCUCCGGCGCCGUCGCCAUUGACACUACCGCCGUCUCCCGUUCGACCUGGCCACGACGACAUCGGUGAGGUGCUGGCUGCACGGGGGGAGGUUCCGACGUCGUCGUCGAGCCACGCGUCGGAUGGAGCAUCAGCCAUCGAUCUGGCAGCACAAGUACUCACGAGGCCGUCCGAGCUAGCGCAUCGGCAACGAGACGACACCCAUCUGAGUCAGGUUCGCAAGGUUCUGAGCAAUGUAGCUGACUCUAGCCAGGGGGGAAGUGAGCGCGACAGGUUUUACCUCCCAGAAGGAGUUGCCGGAGGAAUCCUACUUCAGGGUCAGGUGUAUGACUACCUUUCCCACUGCUGGCGCGUGCGCUACAUCGACGGGAACUGGGAGGAGUUGUCCAGACGCGAACUGGAAAGACCUUCGAGAUAGCCUUGGGGGGAGGGAUUUCGAGCUAGUGUGAUUGCUGGACGAUGGGGAUGCGUGGGGUUAGUGAGACCGUCUGCGGGUGAUCAUGGAUGUCCAUACAAGAUUCGGUCGUAUGUGUGUACCUUGGAUAGUUUUUGACUAUUGUUGAUAAGAGUCUAUUUGUUCCGGUUUUUAGACUAUGCAUGUCCACUUGAUGUUUGAGUAUUGUUGAUAAGAGUCUCUUGUUUCGGUUUUUAUGCAUGUCAAUCUGAUUUUUGAGUGCGCCACCCAGUUGAGGUUCGGUAAAGCUUAACUGCUCGGAGACCGUACUUGCCAGAUGUCCUGAUCUGAUUUGCAGUCGAAGGGUGGGUCCUGCGUCCGGUAGCACCCACGAGGGUUUGUUUUUUGUGCUAGUCUGGUUUGCAGUCGAAUGGUGGUCCUGUGCCCGGUAGCGCCUAAGAGGGUUCGUGCUGUUGUGCCUUGGCAUUUGAUUGGGUUUGGUGUUGUAGGUGCUUUGCGCAAUGGGCUUUUUCCUGGGUGGCCAGUUUUUUCCCGCGCUGUAGGUGUUGAGAGCUGGACUGCAACUACAGUGAAUUCACCAAGCGAGGGACGUUUUUUUGUUGAGUAUUUUACGUCCGAGUGUCACUUGGUGUUUUCGGUUGUUUAGUCUAAAUUCUAGGGCUCUCGGGAUGGUGAGCGAAGGGUUUGUCCCGGAGGCCGGGUUUUCCUUCGCGCAAGUCGAUGUCGGGCCGUGGUUCAACGCGCAGUGAGAAUUAUGAAGAGGAGUGGAUUUUAUUUGGGUUUUGCCACUAUUCACCUCUCGUAAUUUUCGGUUGAACGUUCAGCCUACUCAAAGACAUUGCAUGGUAGUAUUCCAAAAGGAAACGUGCCACUUUGCGGUUUAAACAUUUCCUGCUACCGUUUAUUAGCAUGUGACAGCUGACAAAUAGCUGUUCAUGCUAACGGGGAGAUGUUACGGUUACAUUGUUACGGUUGAUAGGAGUUGCACCUUUGGGAGGAUGCGUUAUUCCCAACAGGUUGCUCGGUCCCCUUGCCUUCACUUGACUUGACUGCUUCACUGCUUCUCCUUGCUUGCCCUGAGUUAGCAAUAAUCAACAAGCGAAUACCGUGUCCACGACCGGAGACCUUCCACUCCUUGUCACAAGCCACCUUCGAGGCUCACUUCUACCGCUGUUCCGGCUCAUCUACCGAAGUCGGUACCGAUCGGGAGGCAGCUACCAUCAGGUGAGACCCCGGCCUCCAAGCCCCUAACGGCGUCACCAGAGACCGCCGAGGUUCCGGAGGCCCUGGUUUUGGCUGUGCGUAGCGCCAUUCGCAGUGGGGGGAGUAUUAACCCGAAGAAAAUGAAUGACUGGGAAUAGAACGCCUACCUCGCCAGUCGCGUUUUAGAGGUGAUAGCGGAUGACCGCGCGUCAGGGGACGGCGUCACCACCGCCGGCCGAAGGAAGCGCAAGCAUUGCGUCCCCCGGGCGGUGGAGCUGAUGGUCGCCGAGCCCUUCAGGGAGCGCCUUGCCGCGAGCAGGACGCAGUUGUCUAGGACGGAGCUCGACAAUAAGGAGACGGGCAACAAGCGAUCGGUAUGCUUUGAGCUAUGGAAGGACUUCAAGGACCGGACGUGGAGGUGGUCACACACCUCAACGACGACGAGCACAUCACCGCGGCACAGAUCGACCCGAACAUAGUCCAUCAGCCCGACAUUUCGUACGACAAGCUCAUGAACACGGUGAAAGUGGUUAACAAGGACUAUGGCGACUGCCACCACAACAUGAAGAAGUCUGGGAGUCACGACGAAUGAAAACCUGGACACCUACUACUUUGGAGAGGUCAUGGCCGGGUACCCGCAGAUCCUCGCCGUGUGUGACCGGGUCCUGCCCGACGACGUGCAACGGGAGAGCAGCGGCGUGGGGGGGGCGGCCGCUGGACCUACCGGCGCCAAGGGAGCCGCUGCUGACGCGAAGAGGAUAGAGAACUCCAAAUUCAGAGCGAGGGAGGACAACGCCCACCUCAAGGCCAAGAAAAAGCAGUCUAAGAACGCCGUCAGCGUGCAAGAGACGGCCGCGGUUGCCAUGCACUCAGUGGCGUCUGGCCUUGGACUGCCCCCCGGCGGAAUAAGCGAGCUAUUUCGGCCAGCGUCCGAACCCGCCCCCGCCGCAGCACCUUCCUCGCGGGACAUCGUUGAUGAAAAGACCGCAAAAUUGGCGUUUUUCGACACCUUGUUCAAAUCUUUCCAAGCCGCCACCAAAAAUCUCAAACAAGCCAAAGCAGAGGCGGCAGCCGGCGACAGCACGGCGCUGGAAAUGGCCGGUUUUCUGGAAAAAAAUAUUGCGAAGAUUAGAACCGAGAUGGCGGAAUGGGACAAGAAUCCCCUUUGAGGGACUGCGGUCCCUCCCCGAUUCCACAUGUGCAACAGCGAUCGAUUGUGUGUUGGUGGCGGUUGGUGUAAGAUCGUUCGUGUGUGGGCGAGGGAGGGAGAGGGCAGAUCGCUUUCACUUGCCGUAACGUUUGUCUUUUGUCGGGUGGGUGUUUGACGAGUACACCACGUGUAGAACACGCAUGGAGAACGCGUGGCGCACGCUUGAAGUUUGAUGUUUCUCUUGCCACUUAUAGCAGUACCACUUGUUUUGUUUUGUGUGUUUUUCACAAACCACCGCGUGCAUUCGUAGAUGUCUAGGGGGACACACACGCAGAGCUAACGUGUGGCGCACAACCAAAGUUUGUUUUUUUAGGCACGUACAGCAGUACCACUUGUCUUUUUUUUUUGUGUUUCUUUACAGAUGACCAGGGGGCCGGGGGGGGGGAAUACACAAGAGAACGUGUGGCGCACGACCAAAGUUUUUUUUUUUUUUGCCACGUA